UUGCAGAGCACAGAGGAGGAGCCUUCCCAAGUUCCGCCUAUAAGCCAGUUGGCCUUGGAAAAGAGCAAAGAUAAUCUGCUGAGAACUGCAAGUCAGCAUUCUGAUAGCAGUGGCUUUGCGGAGGACACAUCGGGUGACUGCCUCCUAACAAAUCCUCUACCGGUUCAAGACUCUUUGCAAGCAAUGGGAAGUAGUGCUGACAGCUGUGAUAGUGAAACAACAGUAACCUCUGUAGGAGAGGACCUAAGAACCCCACUUGCAAUUGAUCAGAGGGAAUCCAUUGACUUAGAAGAUGAUGAGUUCUUAACUCCCGUUGACCGAAAAUCAUUUUUUGAGGAAAAUGAAAUAAGCAAGCAACUCUUAAUGGCCAAUACACCAGGAUGCAGUCAAAAUGAGGUGUGCAAGACUAGCAGGGACCUCAGCUCUGUUGUGGAUAAUGCUCAGGAGAUAAGUGAGAAAGUUUAUGAUUUACAGCAGGACUGUACAGCAGAUAGUGAGUUGGAAACACACAGUGAAUAUGAUGAUAUUUCCUACACCACUCACCAUAUAUCGGAAACCUUGGACCGUUUUUCUGACCAUGACUGCUAUCGUGGUUUUAGUAGAACUGAUGCAAGCCCUGUGGAUCGUGUUAAUACUGCGCUACAAAGGGCUCAAAAGAAACUGUUUGGUUCUUCUGAAACAAUAGGGACAAGACCUGGGCGUAGCCGGGUCUCUUCAAAGGAUUUGCUGAGGCCGAGGCACAUGGUAUCGAGCUCUGGAUACCCACUGAGGAGGACUCAGUCUUUGCCUUCUGCAAUUUUAAGUCCUGUAAAAGUGGUUUCCAAAGUGAAUAUUGUCUUAAAUUCUGGCAAGGCAACUAUGUGUAGUAGCCCCCCAUCAUUUUCCUACAAGUAUACCCCAGAAGAAGAUGAAUCCUUGGAACAAAUAGAUGAAGUAGAAACCUCCCCUAAAUCUACAGCAUACAGGUCCCCAGUAUUGGAUACCAAGGAGGCCCAGAAAAGUAACCAGGGGCAAGUGUCAGAAGAUCAACUUAACAGAUCACAAUCCUGCACAAUACAUGUCCCAUCACACAGGUCUCAUUCUUCCUGUUCCCUCCACUCCCUGCAAUCUGACUGGCAUGAGCGACCGCUAUGUGAACAUUCAAGAACAUGGAGUACCCAUAGCGUUCCUAACUUUUCUGGUGCCACAUGUGGUUCAGUAAUGUCCCAGUUUUCCUGUCCACUUAAUCAGAGGUUUGCAUAUGGAUCACUUCAGAGAUCCUGUUCUGGGUGUGCUUUGCCUUUAAGCUCACCACCGUCCACUACUGAAAUGCAGCUACGCCGGGUCCUUCAUGACAUCAGGAGUUCACUGCAAAAUCUUUCACAGCAUCCAGUAAUGCGGGGGAAUGACAUGGCUUCUUCUGGCAUGUAUAACACCUCAAGGUCAUCCAUGUUGUCCCUUUAUGAAAAUACUUUCCAGGAACUUCAGAUAAUGAGAAGAAGUUUGAAUCUCUUCCGAACACAAAUGAUGGACUUAGAGCUGAAUAUGUUACGGCAGCAGACUAUGGUUUAUCAGCAUUUGUCUGAAGAUGAAAGGUAUGAGGCUGAUCAGCUGCAGGGACUGAGGAACUCUGUGCGAAUGGAGCUGCAAGAGUUGGAACUUCAGCUGGAUGAGCGAUUGAUGACUCUUGAGGAGCAACUCCGCAAUUACCACAUCUCCUCACCUUUCCAGCAUCAGGUGGCUAUGGGUAUGUAUGGAGGAAGAGGAAGUACUGACAGUCUGUUGUUCACCUCUCCCUUGAAUGUCAUAGAACCAGUGUCUGAGUUGAUUCGAGAACAGUCACACUUGAAGUCAGAGUUGGGCCUCGAAGACAUUAGAUUGGAACCCGGCGCCGACCAAUGUGAUUCUGUCUUAUCUCAAGCAGCCUCUGAUUCAUCUUCAGUGUGCUCCAGUCCACGAUAUAGGAACAGGAAAGGUCCUCUAAACACUUAUGACGUUGUUGAUAAGUCUAAAGCACAAACCUCUCCCAGCAAAGCUGUAUACCGUGCUUCUGUAGCUCUAACACCAAGUCCUCCAGUAAGAGCCAAUCAGAAUGCUACAACAGAAGAACCUGGAAACUUGGAUUCAGCAGAGAGGUCAGAGUUGGAAACUGUGACACCUGUGUCUGAGGGAGGAACACGCUGGAGUCCUGAAGAAAGCAGAGAAUUGCAGCAAGUAAUACGAGAGAUCAAAGAAUCUAUUGUUGGAGACAUCAGAAGAGAGAUAGUAAGUGGACUUCUAGCAGCAGUAUCCUCUCCUAUUCGCUCUUUGGAUGGAAAAACAGAUGGGAGAGUUUAG